AAAUGUUAUUUAGCUGUAAAAAAAAUCGAGAAACCUUCUUGUACUUUUAAAACUGGUUAAAUUAAAAUUUGAAAAUUUAAAAAUUUAAAAUUAUAACAUAACAUCCUGGAUUAACUGAAGUUUAAAGAUACGACUUUACUCAAUAAUUCAUAAAAUUGGGCAAUUCAAAAUGAUAUUACGUAUAAUGGUGUUUGUAAUCGCCAGUUUUAUAAAGCCUAAUUUAGCCCAAUCUCAAAACUGCGUUGAUUUAGCCUCACCGCAGACAUGUUACUCACUCUUUAUGAGUCGGAUGUGCAGGGAUAUAUCUCAGUACCAAUUCAUGUUCUCUUAUUGUAAAAAGACUUGUGAAUUUUGUACUUCUUCUACGUCACAUAUUUCUAAAUUUGCAAACUGUGAAGAUAGACGUCAUCAAUGCCCGAAAUGGAAACAUUUUUGCUCUCACGAAAGUAAAUACUACAGCUUUAUGGCGAGUAACUGCCAAAAAACUUGUCUGUUUUGCUCUGAAACCAACUGCAUUGAUUUAGAUGAAAAUUGUUCUGACUUUGCAAAGCUUGGUUAUUGUUCUAAUGAACAUUUUUUUAAUAUGGAAAAAAAAUGCCCUCGGUCAUGUGGCGUUUGCAGCAAUAAAAAAUAUGAAAAUUUUGUCAAAAAAGACAAUCAAGACGUAAUAAAAGAGUUUUUUUGUGAUUUUGAAAAUAAUGAAUGCGAUUGGAUAAACGAACACUUUGAUGAUACCGCAGAUUGGAAAGUUGGGAUAAUAAACGGAGAAACAAAGCUGAACAAAAAUUUAUCUAAUAACUAUUUAUAUUUAAAAACAGAACAUGAAAGCUAUUUCGGAAAUCUUUUGCUACCAUGGCAACUUGUUCUUCCCGAUCCUGUCCAAGAUAUAGGAGAAAUGUGUUUAAAUUUUGAACUGCAAAUGAGUGGAGGCAAAAUAUCAAUAAUGGAGAUUCAAAAUCCUUCUAAUAAAAAUAAAAAUCCGACGCCACGAAUUAUAUAUUCAUUGGAUAAAGUGAAUGAAAAUGUAGCUAAAGAAUGGAAUAAAAUUCAAGUUACUGUUAAUGUUAGUUCAAAAAACAACCUUAUAAUCGUCGGUACAAAAGGUCCUAUAGGAACUUAUAUCGCUAUUGAUAAUAUGUUUUUUGUAGCGGGUAGUUGCUAAAAAUUUUUUUCAAUGCUUCA